AUGGGCUUUCCCACCAAACAGCACAACAAACUGCAUAACGGCGUGUCUUUGGAGGCUCGUGCUCAGUCGCCCGUCAGUGGGGUCCAUCGUGGACUGGAGGCCCUGGAGCAGCAGAACCAGGUCCAGAGCCUCCUUCCACCUGACACGGAGCACCGCCACAAGAGGAGGUGGUCUCACUCUCAGCAUCGCUCCGUAGGGGUUCUGCCCCAGCCUGAGCCGGAGGAGGAGAUGAAACCCUUCGUUCUGGACCUCAAGAACUUCCCUGAGCUCGCCAACGCAGACAUCAGCUCUCAGAACCCCAACAUCCAGGUGACCAUUGAGGUGGUGGAUGACCCUAACAUAGAAGUGGAGAUGGAUCUGGUAAAGGACAAGGACUGGAUCCCUCCUUCCUCCCCGUCCACUGUAGACUGGCUGGGCGGUAAGAAGCUGUUCUGGCCCCUGUUCUGGGGCUACACAGACGCUGACUCCAGUGAGGAUGGGACGGGCCGCUCAGGACUGGAGGAGACUGAAGAGGAGGAGGGGGAGGAGGAGGAUUACCUGUUGGAGUACGGUAGUGAGGAGCCCCUCCCAAGUGGAGUGGGGGGAGACUGGGACAGUCGUUGGAACGAGGGUUGGGACGCCACUCAUAGCUACUAUGAGGAGGGGACGGAGGAGUGGAGCGCCUGGUCUCUGUGCUCAGUCACCUGUGGUCAUGGAGAGAGGACGAGGACACGGUCCUGUGGUUACAGCUGCACCCUGACAGAGGCCACCAAAUGUGACAUGGAGCCUUGUCCAGACGAUGUCAACACAGUGGCUGAACCUUUCCCCUUCGAGAUGGAGAACGGAACUGAACCGUUUGGCACAGAUGUGGACACAUGUGAGAAGUGGCUGAACUGUAAGAGCGACUUCCUCCAGAGAUACCUCAACCAGGUCCUGUCAGAACUACCCAGCUGCCCCUGUGCCUACCCCUCGGCCGUCGCCUACACCGUGGUCAGCGUUUUCGACGAGGGACACGACCGGACCUUCCGUUGGCAUGAUGCCAGUGGCCCUAAAGAACGCCUGGACAUCUACAAACCCUCUGCGAGGACUUGCAUCCGCUCGGCCCUCUCUAGCGAUGUCGCUACGCUCGGCGCCCAGCACUGUUGCUACGACGACCGUGGCUGUCUGAUCACACGGGGUAAGGGUGCGGGAACGCCCAACCUGAUCAGCACGGAUUUCUCCCCGGAGCUCCACUUCAAGGUGGACGUGCUUCCCUGGAUCCUGUGUAAAGGGGACUGGAGCCGCUUCCACGCGGUGCGGCCGCCCAACAACGGCCUGGUCUGCCCAGAGAACCCCCACCAUGACGUGUUCAUGAACGAGCUGGAGGAGGCCCGGGAAUACUGAGAACACACACAGCAGCCAAAACUACACUACCCAGAAUUCAUCCAUACAGUGGGGCCCAAUCCUAACUUGAGAAGGGAGCGCGUGUAGGACUGUUUUGCAUAGCUUUUUGCAUUUUGCAUAUAAGGAGGUAUGGCGGUUGCAAGGUUGAGGUGCAAGUUGAUUUCAAGUUAGGAUUUGGCACAUUAAACACCCUGUGACCAGACCCAACAGAACAGAACUGAACUUCAUUGAACUGAACAACAACUAAAAAGACGCAGUCCUGUCAAUGCUUGCCGACGUGUUUCGUAUCCAGCAUGGUACCAAGCUCUCUGUCUCUCUCUCGCUGUCUGUCCCUUAG